GUUAGUUUUGCUUUUUUAGGCAGACAUAAUCGAAUAGAGGUCUGAAUGCGCCAUAGAUUCUCGGGAGCAGCAGAUAGUCAACAAAGCCCAUUUCAAUAGCCAAAAUUAGAUAUUGCCAAGCGGACAACAGCCGGUUGAGAGACGAGGAAUAAAUUAAUAAAGAUUUGCAUACUUGAGCAAUCGAUAAGCAGCAUGGGAAUGCGACAGCCCGACUCGGCUGGGCUGUGCAUUGUUACCGUCUUUUCGAGUAACAGCCCGACACAAAGAACGUGGCCAGCUCGGUGGCUGGGGGCUCUUAAACAAGUUUUGCAUGGUGGCAACUGGCGCGGCCCUCGUAACUGCGAUAGACAUGUAAAUUAGCCACGAGCCCAGCUGCAAGACACGGCGACCUCACCGCCAGCUAGCCAAGCAGCCAAGCAGCCAAGCAGCUAGUGUCAAAAUGUGCGGCAAUCCCAACACGCGACUGCUCUCGCGGCUCAUCAUCGACUUUCUGCUCCUCCUGGCCGUCUACGGCGCCGCGCUGGUGGUGCUGCCCCAGCAGCUGGCGACGGCUCAGCGCGGCUUCCACUGCAGCGACGCCAGCCUGCGCUACCCGUACCACCAGCCCUGGCUGACCAAGGCCCACCUGACCUUGGCGGUGGUGGCCUUGCCAGCGGCCUUCAUCUUGGUGGUGGAGAUACUGCGGGCUGCUCUCCUGCCCAGCUCAGCGGAGCUGCGGCAGCGGUUUGUGUUCGUCGGGGCGCGCAUUCCCAGCUUCAUCAGCGAGUGCUACAAGGUCAUCGGCGUUUACCUGUUCGGCCUGGGCCUCACGCUCCUGGUGAUUAGAGUGGCCAAGUUCUCCACUGGCCGGCUGCGUCCGUACUUCUUCGACGUGUGCCAGCCCAGCUGGGACGACGAAGAGGAGAGCAGGCAGAGCUGCGGCUCGCAGCCCUCAAGCAACGCCACUCGCUACAUCGAGCUCUUCAGCUGCACUGAGUUCGCAGCCUCGCAGGAGCUGCUCGCGCUGGUGCGCCACUCGUUCCCCAGCGGCUUUGCGACCAGCACUAGCUACGCCAUGGUCUUCCUGAUCUACUACAUGCAGGCCCGACUCUUUGCGCCCUGGUUGAGGGUGCUGCGCGCCACGCUGCAGUUGGCCUGUGCGGCAAUGGCGCUGCUGGUGUGCCUGGAGCGCCUCUCCACCUACCAGAAUCAUCUGUCCGAUGUAGUGGCCGGCCUGGCAGUGGGCUUCAGUCUGGCCUCGUUUGUGGUCAUCUUUGUGGCCCACCUGUUCAGGGAGGUGCGAGUCAAGCGCCGCCAGUGGCCUCGGAAUGAACAAAUCUACGGCUAUGCGGGCUACUACAAUCGCGCCACAUACGGAUACUGAAUGAUUAAUAAACGAAAAAACCCAUUCGUAAA